CAUACAGUGAAAAAAAGAAAGUAAAACAAAAACAUAAGAACCAGAAAACUUCCACCCACCUCUCAUCAAGAUCUGUACUCUUUUCACUCUUAUUUAACUCUUAACCAAUUCAUUCAUUUCUGUUUCCAAAAACCAUUUUCAGAACAAUUUUCAGUUUUCUCAGAAUUCCAAGGAACAAGGAGGAACUGUAUUAGCACUCAGAUUGUACAAUUUGGAGGGAGAAAGAGGAAAGCUAUAGAUGUUGCCGCCUAGGUUUUCCUCCAUUUUCAGCGGUAGUGGUGGUGGUGGUGGUGGAGAAGGAGGAGCCAACGCCAAAGCUUUAAAGAACAGCGCCCAGGUUUUGCCCACUCUGAAACUUCAAACUGAUAAGGAAGUGUAUGGCCCUGGAGAUCCCGUGGUCGUGACCAUCGAGAUCGGAAACCCUUCCGUCGAGGGCGAUUUUGCCUUGUCGCUUUUGGUCGAGCGUCUAAGCUUUGAGAUCAAAGGCAUUGAGAAGUUGGAUACGCAGUGGUUCGCCACGCAGAAGCCUGUUCCGGGAUCGAAACAGAGAAGAGGUGAAUAUGUGUUCGCAGAGGGAUUGACGACGGCGUUGGUUUCUAAUCAGAUUGUUUCAGCUGGUGCAACUAAAUCAUAUGUAGUGAGAACGUUGCUACCAAAUGUUAUUCCACCAUCAUACAAGGGUGCUACAAUUCGUUAUUUGUAUUAUGUUAGGAGUACAAUAUCUGGGCAAUGGUUGAUUUUGGAAAAUCCUCAUUCUCGUGGAGAGUCAGUAAAAGAUAUUACUGAAUUGGAAGCUCGUGUUCCAUUACAAGUACGGGUCACUCAGAAAAACAAUGGCUUGCCAAUAGAGGAAGGUCAAGGUAAUGGGAUUGUUCCUUCGAAAACUAUCCAAAUGGAUUUAUAUUGGAAAGAGCUAGAUGGAGAUUCUGACUGGGUUAGAGCAAAUGAUAUAUAUGAUGGUGUUGAAGAAGGAUAUGAAAGCUCCAAGGAUGAGAUAUCGUCUGUUUCUUCAUACAAUCCCACAAAAGAUGGUAUCAAUAGAACCUUCGGAAGUUCUUUUUCCUUGCAAUCAUAUGCAGCAAGGUUGUCCUUUAAAGAUGGUGGAUAUCUUGAAGGAGAUCGUACAAGUUUGUCUUCCAAUCUAGCACUUCCUCGGCUCUCUGUGGCUGAAGUCACGUAUGAUUCUGGGAAUGAUCUGUUAUCGCCAAAGUCAUCUUCCCUUGUCUCUCCAAGCCAGCAGCAGAAGCUGACGAGGUCACUUUCUGCAGAUGACGAAGCAGGGGCAUCUUCCUCACCAGCUGCUAGAGCUGUUGAGCCUCUAGCAUCAGAAGGCUUCAUUCGAGGAAGAUCCUAUAACAUCCGGAUGGACGACCGUGUUAUGCUUAGAUUUUCCCCAAAGAAUUCUGACUCAAUUUAUUAUUUUAGUGAUAUGAUUGGUGGAACCCUUACCUUCUUUCAUGAAGAAGGAGCUAGAAGAUGCCUCGAGGUUUCAAUAACAUUGGAGACUUCAGAGACAAUAGGUCGAAGACAUGUUCAUCCUUCUCGAAGGAAUUCCCCAACAAUUACAAAGGUUCAGAGUGAUCAUUAUGAGGUGGUUGCUGAUUUGGUGCAAACAAGCUUUCUCUUCUCCAUUCCCAUGGAUGGGCCUAUGUCCUUUUCCACUCCCCAUGUUUCUGUGCAAUGGGCCCUUAGAUUUGAAUUCUUUACCACCCCAAAAAAUAUGGAUUGGGCCAGAUACGAACAUCCUCUUCUUAUAGAGGGAAGAGACAAAAGUGAGUGGGUUCUUCCCAUUACAGUACAUGCACCUCCGCCGGUAACCUCCACUCCUCGUAACCGAAACGACAAGCUUUUCUCCUUGGAACCCAUGUGGGUGCAGAACUGAUUUAAGGUUUUUGUGUAGCACAAGGAACAAAAGAACCACAGCUAAACUCCAGACCGGAGCUCAUAGAUUUUUCUAUUGUGUAUUUCUUUUUUCUUUUCUAAGAAACUGUUUUCAGAAAGAAAAGAAAAAGAAAAAGAAAAUUCCCUACUAGUGUAAAAGAAGAAUUUAGUUUAGUGUUUGAUGCCAUGCCUCUAGAAUGAAAAUAUUAUUUUUUCGAUCAGAGGCUUCGAGUAAGUAAAGGUCUGAUCAUUAUUUUCUAUAUUCUUAAUUGAUUUUGAGUUGAAAUUUGUACAUUCUCCUCAAUUAUGUUUAUUUAUAUUCAAUUUGAGUGACUCUUCUCAAUCGACACAACAUUAUAUAUAACGAUCCCCUUGGAUGGGAAAUUAUGCUUUUAGACUGAUUUACACAA